GGAGGGCUUCGCGCUGCCUCUCUCCCCUCCCCGCGGCCCCCCACCGCCGGGCUGGAUAUGUGGAUGCUCACGUGAAGAUGGAUGUAGCGAUCGGGCUGCUGGGGCUGCUGACGGUUCUGCUGGAGGGCAGCUCCGGGCAAGGGGUGUACGCCCCCCCCACCGUGCGUAUCGUGCACUCAGGCCUGGCGUGCAACAUCGAGGAGGAGCGCUACUCGGAGAGGGUCUACACCAUCCGUGAGGGUGAGACGCUGGAGCUGACCUGCCUGGUCACCGGCCAUCCCCGACCACAGAUCAGGUGGACCAAAACAGCGGGAAGUGCGUCUGACAGAUUUCAAGACUCGAGCGUCUUCAAUGAAACGCUGCGGAUAGCCAACAUCCAGCGCCACCAGGGAGGCCGCUACUACUGCAAGGCUGAGAACGGCCUGGGCUCACCGGCCAUCAAGUCCAUACGAGUGGAUGUGUACUAUCUGGAUGACCCGAUAGUGACAGUCCACCAGAGCAUCGGUGAAGCAAAAGAGCAGUUUUACUAUGAGAGGACUGUGUUCCUCAGGUGCGUGGCCAACUCCAACCCGCCCGUCCGCUACAGCUGGAGACGUGGCCAGGAGGUGCUGCUGCAGGGCUCUGAUAAGGGAGUUGAGAUCUACGAGCCCUUCUUCACACAGGGGGAAACGAAGAUCCUGAAGCUGAAGAACCUCCGACCUCAGGACUACGCCAACUACAGCUGCAUCGCCUCAGUGAGGAAUGUCUGCAGCAUCCCUGACAAGAUGGUGUCCUUCCGACUCUCCAACAAAACAGCAUCCCCUUCUAUUAAGCUCCUGGUGGAUGACCCGAUAGUGGUGAACCCUGGAGAAGCGGUCACCCUGGUUUGUGUGACGACAGGAGGGGAGCCAGCCCCCAGCCUGACGUGGGUGAGGUCUGCUGGCGGCCUGCCUGAGAAGACCGUCCUCAAUGGUGGAACACUGACCAUACCCGCCAUCGCGUCAGAGGAUGCUGGCACCUACAGCUGCGUCGCCAAUAACAACGUUGGAAAUCCUGCCAAAAAAUCCACCAACAUCAUCGUCAGAGCCUUAAAAAAAGGACGUUUCUGGAUCACUCCUGAUCCAUAUCACAAAGAUGACAACAUCCAGAUUGGGCGAGAGGUGAAAAUCUCCUGCCAGGUGGAAGCUGUCCCUUCGGAGGAGCUCACCUUCAGCUGGUUUAAAAAUGGGCGGCCCUUGCGAAGCUCUGAAAGGAUGGUCAUCACACAGACCGACCCCGACGUGUCGCCUGGCACCACCAACCUGGACAUCAUUGACUUGAAAUUCACAGACUUUGGGACGUACACGUGUGUCGCGUCUCUGAAAGGAGGUGGCAUAUCGGACAUCAGCAUUGAUGUCAACAUCUCCAGCAGCACAGUCCCACCCAAUCUGACUGUUCCUCAAGAAAAGUCCCCCCUGGUCACACGGGAAGGAGACACGAUCGAGCUGCAGUGCCAGGUGACGGGGAAGCCCAAGCCCAUCAUCCUGUGGUCCCGCGCCGACAAGGAGGUGGCGAUGCCAGAUGGAACGAUGCAGAUGGAGAGCUACGAUGGCAUCCUGAGGAUAGUGAACGUGUCCCGGGAGAUGACAGGCACCUACAGGUGCCAGACCAGCCAGUACAACGGGUUCAAUGUGAAGCCCAGAGAAGCUUUGGUGCAGCUCAUCGUACAGUACCCCCCCACCGUGGAGCCGACCUUCCUCGAGAUCCGGCAGGGCCAAGGCCGGAGCAUCACCAUGAGCUGCCGGGUGCUGCGGGCCUACCCGACGCGGGUGCUGACCUACGAGUGGCGGCUGGGCAGCAAGCUGCUGCGCACAGGCCAGUUUGACCUGCAGGACUCCACCGAGUACACCGUCAGCAGCCUCUCCCGUGACAGCUAUGGCGUCUACAACUGCAACAUCAUCAAUGAAGCGGGAGCCGGCCGCUGCAGCUUCCUGGUCACAGGCAAGGCCUACGCCCCGGAGUUCUACUAUGACACUUACAACCCGCUGUGGCAGAACCGGCCCCGCGUGUACUCCUACAGCCUGCAGUGGACCCAGAUGAACCCCAACGCCGUGGACCGCAUCCUCGCCUACCGCCUGGGGAUUAGGCAGGCUGGACAGCAGCGUUGGUGGGAACAAGAAAUUACAGUGAAUGGAAACAUUCAAAAGGGAGAAUUAAUUACCUACAAUCUAACUGAGCUGAUCAAGCCAGAGGCGUACGAAGUCCGUCUGACACCCAUCACCAGAUUUGGAGAAGGAGACUCCACUAUUCGGGUCAUCAAGUAUAGUGCUCCAGUAAAUCCACACCUACGAGAGUUCCACUGUGGGUUUGAGGAUGGUAACAUUUGCCUUUUCACUCAAGACGAUACGGACAACUUUGACUGGACAAAGCAAAGCACUGCCACUAGAGACACAAAAUACACUCCCAACACAGGGCCAAACGCAGACCGGACUGGCUCCAAGGAAGGUUUCUACAUGUAUAUUGAGACGUCACGCCCCAGGCUGGAAGGGGAGAAGGCCCGACUCGUCAGUCCUGUUUUCAGCGUUGCUCCAAAAAAUCCCUAUGGAGCUACGAACACAGCCUACUGUUUUAGCUUCUACUAUCACAUGUAUGGACAGCACAUAGGAAGCUUGAAUGUUUACCUGCGACUGAAAGGCCAGACGGCGAUAGAGAACCCCUUGUGGUCUUCAAGUGGAAAUAAGGGCCAGCACUGGAACCAAGCCCGUGUCAAUAUCAACCCCCCGACUUCAUUCCAGCUUAUAUUUGAAGGGAUCCGGGGCCCAGGCAUCGAAGGAGACAUUGCUAUUGAUGAUGUAUCAAUUGUGGAAGGAGAGUGUAUGAAAUCCGACCAGCCGGCCAACAAUUUACGAUCAGGUGCUGUUGGGACAUUAGAGCAUAUACGACUUAUCCCAGUUACCAUCCUCAUGUUUGUCUUAAGUCAUCAGAGGUGACCUUAUCCUGGCAGAGGCUACAAAAGAUUCACCAGGCACUGGCAUGAAGAAAGAGUCUUUGUAAAAUGGACAUUUAAAAACAAACUACCAAAGAUUCCUCCACUGACUGACUCAAAAGUUAAAUAAAUACAUAAAUAAAUUAAAAAGAAAAAAAAAAGAAAAACAAACAAACAAACAAACAAAAAAAAAACAAUUAAAAAGCACUGGGGACAUAAAAGGCAUCAUGGGAGUGUAACUCACUAUGAACCACGCGUGAGAACGAGAUCUGGCCUAAGUGAGGAAGAGACCUUCAGGUGCUUUUGUGGUCAAUAACGAAUACAGCAUCAUCUGGUUGAACUCUCGGAACAGAGCGAUAGAAACCCUUGUCAAAGCACAAAGUCAUGGCUGGUUUUGUUUCAAAUGAAUAGUUUGCUUGUUACCAUGGAAACCUAAUGGCCUGCCAAAAAAAAAAAAAAAAAAGAGGAGAGGAGGGAGAGGAAAUAAUAAAAUUAAAACAGAGAGAGCAACACCUCACUGUAAACAGGGUAUGUGAAGAGCUGGCAUUCAUUUUCCCUUCGAGGAGGUUUUUAGUGUAGAGUUAAAAACAUGUAGGCCCUUUUGCCUUUGGCUGUCACCUCCCCUAGAGAGUAACCCCGAAUCAGAGCUGUUUGAAGACAUUUCUGUUUCAUUUCUCACGGCUAUGCUCGAUAACUGUAUGCUGUCUCCUUUUGCAUGCAUUACGAUCCAGGAUGUGCCACCUGGGCUUACAUAUGACACAGGCUUAUCGGAGCUUGCUUGCGGCCACUCGAACACCCCUCUCCCCUCCCCAACUGAGUCAUCUGUUCUAACGAAGUGAAGAAACCAAACCACCAUCUUUUAUAAAUUGCCAUGGAAACCAAGUGCCUUCAAUGAAACAAGCCUGAUUUAAAAGUAUAUGUAGAAUAAUAAUAAUUUCAACACAGAAGCUUGCACUGCUAACAUGUGGUUUGUGCAAACUAUUUUCUAAACAAACUACGGAGCCCGGGUGUGCAGACUGCAGGCGAAGGAAGCAAAGUCACUCCUGGAGGUGGAUGGACCUGAGCUGCUGCGUAAGCCCUCUCGGACGAGCUAUCUGUUGUUUAACCUUCCAGACAGCCAUGGCCUUUCAGCUUAUUACCCAUUAGAAAAUAGCUUCCCGUUGGUCCUGGAAAUGGGAGCAGCGCUUUUUAUUUGUUCCUUUCAGGUGAUCAGAGAAAUGUUUGUGCAAAUUCAGUAAUUCAACUGAAGAGAUAAUUUUACAGCUAUGUUCAAUAAAGCCUCUUUCCAGAGCAUGCAGUUUGAAUGGGAAAUCCCACAAGCAAUUGCUGAGGACUCUGAUCUCACUGUACAACCAGCCGCUGCUUCCCCAGCCAGCUCCAGCCAGGCAAUGGGACACAAGGGUAUAAAAGAGCAGAGACCUGAAGGGGGCAAACACAUCACAAAACACAUUAGAAAUGCACCACUAAGAUGAAGGCAAGGAGCAGCUCCUGGAGAGCCUGUCAAAGUGCUGAUGCCUUGCGUGACAAAAAAGCAUUUGCUCGUGGAUAUUGCAGAGGAUAGGUUCUUUACCCUGAGCUUACAUUGUAUCAGCCACUUUUUGGAAAUGAUGGUCUUAAGUGUAUGCUGCUGUCAGGCCCACGUAAAUCCUUGGAAAUGUGAAAUUUCUUGCCAAACUCAGAAGCUUUGGAAGAGUGCUGACCUCCAGGGAUGCCAACGCAGUUCCCUCCCUGACACCGAGUGCUUGAAUCUCCACUGCAUUCACCAAUGUAAAUGGCACUGUUUAGUGUGAGCACCUCUCGAGGCAAUCAGAGGCCCUAAACUUCAGAACAGAGCUGAGGAGUGACAGCAUCAGCUCCUUGUUCAAAUUUGGUUUCUUUUUCACUGCCUUCAGGGUCAGUGACAUCCCUUGCAGUGAGCCACGUAGUCAGAACGAUGGGAUUCUCUUCACUCCCAUUGGAAGAGGUUCUGCUGCUUCAUUUUUGGAGGGUUUACUCACUGGUAUUAUUUUUUCAUGUAUCUGAGGAUGGUUUAAAUGCUCUUCUCACCCAAAAAGAGCUGCUGUCCUUUGGAAGAAUUGCUCUAUAUGGGUGUUUGAUAACAAAGGUAGUCCCAUAUUAUAAGCACCUUUGCCUGUAUAUGCCAGUAAAAAGGUUAGGGGCCAUCAGGAUUACUUCUUACAUUUUCCUAUAAAAACCUAUGCAAGAAACUCAUUAUAUUUAUGAUUUUUUUUAAUUAUUAUUGUUAUUAUUUUGUAAGCAGCUCCACAGGAGCAUGCUCUGUCAUUUAUGGCUGCACGACUAUAAUGGAAGCAUCAGUCCCAGCAGAGAGGAGUUAAACUUGCAGGCACUGCCCAUUGCAUUCCUUUGUGCCAAGAAACUCCCUGCCCCACAGCUCAUGCACUCAUUCAGUUGAGGGACAUUUGGUCUUUAGAAGUCUGGGGACAUCUUCUGCCUGAGCUCUGCCCCCUGCGUCUCCCUGUAAUUCCCACAGGAACACAUCCCAGCACACAUGGACAGGGCUUGGAGCGGGGAAGGACAUGUGGGGCACUCCUCAUAGGUCUUAAAACCAAUUAAAAGGAGGAAGGGGAACGAUUCAUGUGUGUUUUGCUUUCUGUAAGGCUGCUCGUAAGGCUGUUGCAAAGCCUCGCCAGCGUGGAGGUGUUCACAGCCACUUUGGUGUCACUUGUUCUGUGCCAGCAGUGUUACGUGUCUGGUGUUAAACUCCUCCUGCCUUGGGCUCCCAGACCACUUUCAGAUCCCCUUUUGGCUGUUUUUGGACAAGCUACAGCACUAGUUUCUCUCGUUUAGAAAAGAUACGUAGUAAUAACCAGGAGCUAUCAUUGACCUGAAUACAAGACACUUGGGGUAGUACAUCCUAUGUGCCGUACUGAAAUAUGACAGAUCACCAUUGUAUCUGUCAGACUGUGGAGUCUGUAUGCUGAGUUUUAUAUUAUGGGAAGGAUGCUGUAUUUUUUUUUUCCCUGAACGCAACCUCUACAGCCCGUGUAGGUGGCACCCAACUUACAUGGGUGUUUCUGGACUGAGGCUUCAGUGGUGACACAAAGGUUUUGCUUUCAUGAAAUAGCAUCUUACACACCCUUAUCAGGCUGUGAUAUAAUGGGACUACUCAGGUGAGAGUCAACUGAUCGAGUCAUCAGAGACAGAAGGAUGCAUGCGUGGGGGGAUACUUUGAUCCUCUCAGCCACAAGCAUACGAGUUCAGCAGUGAGCUCCUGAGCCUGGGAGCAACCCAAGAGCAUUAAUCACAAAAUCAGUGUUGGGCGCCCGACAAGUGCUGGUGCAUCAACAGGAAGGUCGUAUUUGUGUUCCUCUAUAGAUGUGUCCAUGCAUCCUGGCAGCCAUACCUAAUGGAGUCUCUCCUAGCUGGCUCUCUGUGACAUGGUCAGGUUUACCCCUGUUGAGCACAGCCUUAUCAGAGCCAACCGAGGACCUAUGACAGGUGAAUUGCAGCCUAUUUCCUCCCAUUUAUAUUCUCCAUAAGUUGUUGUUUUUGUUUUUUGUUUUCGUUGAGAAACAGACUUGAAUGUUGGCAGGUGCUUGGACAAAUGAAUAUUAAUGCAGCUUUGCUCACGGUUAAGGUCAGAGCCAACAAGUGGAGAAAUGCUGCUGCUGAUGCUUUGGGACCCAGGAUCUUUGCAUGCCACAAGCCUUCACCUUCUGCAGGCUGGAGGUUUGCACUCCUCCACCCGUGAGGAAGAAACAGGAACCCCACAACAACCAUGACUGUAAAGCAUUGGGUGGUUUGUGACAGAUAUGACCACAAAAGGAAUUGAGGAAACACACAUUUCUGUGAGUAGGAAUUAGCAGCCUCAGCACCUUCUCAGGAAAGAUCAGAUGCGCUUCUGCUUGCACAUUACCAACUGCAAGGGGUUGAAAUCUGUGUGUUUGUUUGUGUAAAUAGUAUAUAAAUAACUGUAAUUGUAUGUAUUUAAUGUAUAUAUAAUGAUUAUUACAUUUUAACUAUCUCAAGUAUUGUAUAUAGCCAAACUUGGUCUCUUAUUUUACUAGAACGCCCACUGUAGAUUUAUUUUUUGUCAUUGUUGUUAAUGUAUCUGGUUAAAUUACAAACUGGUCUUACUUUUACCUCAAAGG